AUGGCCGGUGCCAACUACAACGACGGAGCAGAGCAGUACGGCGAUAUCCCAGCGAUCCCGACCCGACACCAGAUGCAUGGAUAUGGACGCACCCAAGGAGGAGACCGUGGGCUCUCAUCGGUACCAGAGAACGGGCAGCAGAAUUGGGGCCCCGGCCUAGAGCAUACACAGUCAAUGCGGACAAACUCAACCGCAACCCCGGACGCUGCGCACGGCUAUAUUCCCGCGGAACGAGGCUAUCACACCACCGGCGCAGAUAACCCGUAUGUGCCGCCGCCGCCGCCGAGCGUCGGACCGGAUGCAAGCUCAGAAGCACUGCGUUCUCACGAAACACUCGGCUCGAAUGCGGGGUUAAGGGCUGCGGCUGCGCCGGCAGGGGCCUGGACACCGCCGGGCGGAUCGCAGCGCAGUUUCCUCGACGGGUCUUAUCAGGGCUCCGGGCCAUACCAGCGGAAUUCUGCUUACAGCGCUCAUGAUUAUCCCGUCGAUAUCAACCCGGAAGAGAUCGCUGAUGAUGGAGACGAUGGCUUUUCUGAUGCUCCUAGGAGGGGCAACGCAGCUGGUGGUGCUGCAGCUGGCGGUGCGGCCGGUGGUCUUCUGGGGGGGUUCUUUGGAGCCAAGAAGGCGGCUGAUGUUUCUUACGACCCGGUCCCUGGCGGUGCAGGCUUGCCAACAACGGAGAAGGCUGGACAAUCCAAACCCACCGGGGGGAACCGGAAACGCGGAUGGAUUAUUGGCGGUAUUCUGGCUUUCAUCGUGGUGGGAGCCAUUGUUGGGGGUGCUGUCGGUGGCAUUCUAGGCCACCGUAGGUCGGAGGCCAAGUCAUCGGGAAAGUCGGCUUCUGACGAUGAAAAGGAGAAUGGUGACCUUGAUAAGGACUCGGAGGAGAUUAAGUCUCUUAUGGCCAUGGAGGGGUUGCACAAGGUGUUCCCCGGAAUGGACUAUACGCCCUGGGGCGUCCAGCACCCAGAGUGUGACAAGUGGCCACCGUCUCAAAACAACGUUACCCGUGACAUGGCUGUCCUUUCUCAACUGACCAAUACGGUUCGACUAUAUGGCACGGACUGCAAUCAAACCCAGAUGGUUCUCCAUGCCAUCGACGCUCUUGAGUUGAAACAGAUGAAGCUUUGGCUCGGUGUAUGGAUUGAUACCGACACCAAAACCAACGACAGACAGCUUAGCCAACUCUACGAUAUCCUCGAUAAGGAGGAUGAUCAUUCCAUCUUCAAAGGUGCCAUCAUCGGUAAUGAAGCUCUCUUCCGUGCCGGCAGCACCAAGUCGCAAGCUAGGACAAAUAUCAUCAAAUAUAUGCGCCAGGUCAGGGAGCACUUCUCAAAACACAAUAUCGACAUCAAGGUUGCAACUUCGGACCUCGGUGACAACUGGGACAAGACCCUUGCCGAAGCCUCGGACGUCGUCAUGUCAAACGUUCACCCCUUCUUCGGUGGCGUGGAAAUCGACCAAGCAGCCAGCUGGACUUAUACUUUCUGGGACGGUCACAACGCCCCGCUAACACAGGGUACGAAUAAGGGCAACAUCAUCGCAGAGGUGGGCUGGCCCAGCGGCGGUGGGAACGAUUGCGGAGACGGUGCCAAUUGUAAGGAUAAGACCUCUGGCGCCGUGGCUAGCGUCGAAAAUCUCAACAAGUUCAUGUCCGACUGGGUUUGCCAGGCUUUGGCGAAUGGGACGGACUAUUUUUGGUUCGAGGCGUUUGACGAGCCAUGGAAGGUCAAAUUCAAUAAGGGAGAUGAGCAGUGGGAAGACAAAUGGGGGCUUAUGGACCCAGGCCGUAAUUUGAAGGAUGGGAUCAAGAUCCCCGAUUGUGAUGGCAAGGAGGCAUCAUAG